UAAAGACGCUAGAUGGCGGGUUGGUACUUCAUUGAUACUGCUCAAGCUCACGAAUGACAAGGCAUGGAAGUGAUUGGGGAUUUUUAUGCGUAUCAGACAUCUAUAUAGCUGGUUAAAAUAUCGAUUGGCGGUUAGUUUAACACGAUGUCUCAGUAUGUGGCACCGAUUCUUGUGUUAAAUCUCGGCUCAGAAAUGAUAUUCGUGAUUGCUCAACGACUGCAAGCUCAAAAUAUACCUCAUGAACGGGCCACACUAGUUUUGGAAGAAAUCAUAUCUGUUUUGAUAUCAAAACCGCUCAUAGUAGACCUGAUGAAACCUCAGACAACUCACGACCACAACAGCGUGCGUGCGAUAAUAGAGGACGUCACGCAAUCAUCAGCGAUGAGACUGGACCCCAUAAGUAUGGGGAAGCUAUGGGAUCUCAUAACCAUGGUGUUUAAAUGGCAAGUGUCCAUGUCUGACAAUUUAAUAGGAAUCACUUUAAGACAUCUCUAUGAAAUAGAGAGCUACAUCAUCAAUCCAGAUACUCAUCAGCAACUGCUCAGGGUCCAAAAUUUGGUUGAAAACUUCAAUAAGAUUUUGGAUCAAAAGGAAAAAACUGCCCUGCAUGAAGAUGUACUUUUUUGGCUCAAGAAUUAUAAUGUUAGGGUUUCUCUCCUGCUGAGAAUGGGGUUGCAGAAUAUGGACGGGAAUUUUGUAGUUAACAAUCUAGAUCCUAUUGCUGAAGAAAUGCUUAGGAAUUUGGGUGAAAACAUAUACCAGGUAACUCAAAACGGCAGGAUUCUGGAAAACAAAGUAAAACACACAUCUACCUCAGAUUUGCAAGAACCAAAACCGGUAGACGAAUUACAACACUUUGUAAAUGAAAUGCUGGGCCAACGUAAACUGCUUGAAAAUGCUGAAGACAACCGCUUCAAGUUGAGCAUAAGCGACGAAAACGCAAACCGUGCUAAGGAAAGAAAAGUGGCCUUCGACACCAUAGACGUUAGUGUCGAUGAUACUAAAUUGCAAAGUUUGAUGAAUGACAUGAUAUUAAGGGAUGAAGAAGAAGUCAGCUUUAAGCAUGACCUUUUGGAUAUGAUUGGUGGCAAUGAUGAUAAUAAAUAAAUACAAUAGUAGGAAACACAAUAAUUUAAUGACUCGAGCGUUUUGAAUUUGAAGUUGUGCAUGAAUCAAACUCGAAGCACUCUUUGUAUUAACAGUUUACUAACAACUACAAAUUUUCGCAACUUGAAACUAGAAAAUGAAGCCUAUGCCUUAAACUCAAAACGAGACAGACUGAGGUCGAUCGUAUUUUA